GCCACUUCCCGUCCAGCCAUUUUAGGCGUUUGUGUCUUCUGUGGAGAGAGACCCGCAGGUUGUUUGCCCAGUGUCUGUGUUCCAUCCACUUACUGCAAGAGCUGCCGGAGAACAGCAGGACACCCGGUGAUUGGAAAUGGAGUCAGUGGCCUUUGAGGAUGUGGCUGUGAACUUCUCCCUGGAGGAGUGGGCUAUGUUGAAUCCAUCCCAGAAGAACCUCUACAAAGAUGUGAUGCAGGAAACCUUGAGGAACCUGGCUUCUAUAGGGAGCAGUUUGGAGCACCAUAUUGAAAAUAUAUACCGAAAUUCCUGGAGAAAACUAAGUGGUCAAGUGGUGGAGGGACUCUAUGACUGUAAGGAUGAUCAUCAAUGUGCAGAAAUCUUCGACUUCACUACACACAGUAUUGUAAACCACAACUCCUUACCAGGAGUACAGAUAUGUGAAAACAGUGGAUGUGCAACAGUAGUCAUUGGCCAUUUAUCUCUAAGUGUACUUCUUAAACCUGACCCAAAGCAUGAAUUGUAUGAAGAUCAGGAAUAUGGGAAAGAAUUACACAAUAUGGAAUUUGGGGCUACCUCCAGUUCUCUCACAUCAUUUGAGAACUAUCAAAGUACUCAUACUCUAGAGAGAAUAUAUAAAACUGAGCGUUGUGAUGAAGACUAUAGAUAUGGUCAAAAUGUUGAAAAGACUUUCACUGAAGAAAAGCCCUUUGAAUGUAAGCAGUGUGGGAAAUGCUUCAGUUCCUCCAGGUACUUUCGAAGGCACGAACGACGUCAUCGUGCAAAGAAAUGCUAUAUCUGUAAGCAGUGUGGGAAAGCUUUUGCUUUUCCCACUUACCUACAAACACAUGAACGAAUUCACACAGGAGAGAAACCGUAUGUGUGCUUGCAGUGUGGGAAAACCUUUGCUCAUUCUCGUUCCCUUAAAACACAUAAAAGAACUCACUCUGUUAGGGACCUCUUUGUGUGCAAUUACUGUGGGAAAACCUUACGUCAUUACAGUUCUCUUCAAAUUCAUACAAGAAUUCACACGGGAGAGAAACCUUACGUGUGUAAACCGUGUGGUAAAGCCUUCAUUACUUACCGUUCCUUUCGAAUACAUGAAAGAAUUCACACUGGAGAAACACCUUAUGAAUGUAAGCAGUGUGGGAACACCUUCAUGCGUUGGAUUCAGUUGCGGAAACAUGAAAUAAUUCACAGUGGUGUGAAACCCUAUGCUUGUAAGCUAUGUGGAAAAAGCUUUACUUGUUCUGGGUCCUUGAGAACACAUGAAAGAAUUCACACUGGGGAGAGACCCUAUGUGUGUGAUCAGUGUGGAUAUAGCUUUACUCGGUUAAAUUCGCUUUUAAGACAUAAAAUAACCCACACUGGUGAGAAGCCCUAUGUGUGUAAUCAUUGUGGGAAAACUUUUCCUCGAUCUGCUUCUCUUCAAAGACAUGUCAAAAUUCACACGGAGGAGAAACCCUAUGUCUGCAAACAGUGUGGGGUUGCCUUCACUAGUUCUACUGACCUUUUAGACCAUGAGCAAACUCAUAUUGAUGAAAAACCUUACAUAUGUGAGCAGUGUGGGAAUGCCUUCGUGCUGUGGAGUCAGUUUCAGAAGCAUAAAGCACUUCACGCUGUCCCAGUUUCCUAUGUGUGUAAGCAGUGUGGGAAGAGCUUCACUUCUUCGAGGUCACUGAAAACCCACGAGAGAAUCCACACUGGUGAGAAGCCUUAUGAGUGUAAGCAGUGUGGGAAGACCUUCCUGUGGUCUUACUCUCUUCAGAGACAUGAAAAGACCCACACUGACGGGAAGGUCCACGUGUGCAAACAAUGUGGGGAAACUUUCCCUUACGACAGUCAUCUUCAGGUGCACGAAAAGCUGCACUUUGACGAUGAGCCUUUUAAUUGUAAGUACUGUGGGAAACCGUUCUUCACUUUGAACCAUUUGCAUAGACAUGAAUUACUUCACACUACCCUGGAUGCCAGUGUUUUUUAGUAAUGCGAGGAUUUUUUUUUUCACUUUGUGGUUUUCAUAGAAAUAAGAAAAAUCAUACUGGAAAAAGACUGGAUUUGUGCUAGCAAUGUGGAAAACCUUUUGAUUUGUUUCAUUGAAACAAACAUGAGAUGUCACAAUGAGGAGAAACCUUUUUUAAAACAAAAAUCAAUGUACAAAUGGUUUUUGAGCUUAAAGCUCCUUGAAAUACAUCAAAGAGAAACGGGCCUGUGACUGCAAGCAGUAUGGUAAAGUCUUCUGAAGUCCCGGAUCUUGGAGGAGACAGGAGAAAACUCAAGCUGUAGAGAAACUUUUAUGUGUAUAUGUGGUGUUGAAAAAAAGAAGCCCUUUUCUGCUUCCCCAUUCCCUCUGCAUAUGUGGGAGGAGGCACUGGAGAGAAACCCUUCAUAUGUGGGCAACCUUGGAUAGUCUUGAGUUAUCACAUCCUCUUACAGACAUGAAAGAACCUACUGUAAAGAAAUCUUAAAAACAGGGUUUGUGAGCUCUUCAUUAUCAGCUUCAUAGAACUCACAAGAAUGUACAUGGGGAGAAUUCCUAUAAAUGGAAACCUAUAUGAACACCAUUUGGUUCGAUGAACAGACAAGGAAAGAACUUGAUAUCGAAUGCUAAUCUUCUCAAAAGAGAUGUUCAAGGUUUCAUUUGGCACAGAUAGAAACACAUACCGGAUGAAAACCUUUGCUGUUGAAAACAUUGGAAACUGUAGAGCAAAGUCCUUAGAAUUUUUUCAUGUUUAAUCUGAUAGAUGUCAGUAUUAUGAAGGACUGGACAUUUUUCUUUCUUUGUAGUGUGCUCCAGGAAAUGCACACUCUGGUGAGAAUGUUAUCAAUACAGUAUUUUGUAUUUAUUGGAGUGUUUCAGGGGCUGAUGGGGAUGAGUUAGCCUUGCAGAGCAUCUGCUACUCCUUCCAAAGGACAUUGAGUUAGCCUUUAAGAGCAUUUGCUUUUCAGCACCAUGUCACAGGGCUCACAACUGCAUGUGACUCUAGUUACAGGAGAUCACACACACUUGUACACAUAAAAAUAAAGCUUAAAUAUUUUUCUAGUCUUUUUUUUUUUUCAAAAAAAGCUUUUGUUGUAUAUCCAGUGUUUACCCAGAACUGUUAAUCUUCCAGCUUCCAGCUUUUGAAUGUUUAAAAUGAAAUGUCUCUGCUUCCACACUCACCAUCAUUCGCUUCUGCUUAAGAGUCCAUCUCUUGACUUGAUUUUAAAUUUUACUCUACAAAAGCAAGCAGUGAGCAGAGCAUUGAGCAAUGUGGAAUGGCAGCCUAAUUGCAUGAACUGCAGACCAGUAAGACCUACAUAUGAAACAUACUCACAGGAAUAGAAAGUGCGUUUUAUUACAUUUGUGACUUCUUAAAGAAAUCAUGUAUUAGUUUAAUGGGUGAUAUCUUUUUGUAUCUAAUAAGUAGAUGCUUCUCAUUGUAAAUUAUGUUGGAUUCAUUGGUGAAUUGAUAUUUGAAAUAUGCCAGUCCAUAUAAAUGUCUUUAAAAGCAUUUUAGUAUUUAUGUGUGGGCAUGUGAGGAUAUGUAGACAUAUGCCCAUAGAGGCUAGAAUGCUUUGGAGAUAGUAUUACAGACAUUGUGACAUGUUUGAUGUGUGUCAUGGGAUCAAAAUCCUAGUCUUCAUGAUAGAACAGUAAGUACUCCUAACUGCUGAGCCCCCUCAAACCCCUGCAUAAGUGUCUUGUUUUUCAAUCAUGUUUAAUGGGUAGUUUAAAAAAUGGCUCUGUGAAUAUUGGGAUAGUCCUAUUGGUUUUAUUUGACUGAUUAUAAGCAUUUUGUGUAUAUGCUCAUUUUUCAUGAAAAAGUGUGUGUGUGUGUGUACGUGUGUACAUGGACGAGUGUGUUUGGAGUGCAUUGUUUAUGUGUUGCUGGUAUGGUUGGUGGUGUUCACAAAGUGAACAAAGUAAUAUAUUGGGUGUCUUGCUCUAUCACUGUUAUUCCCCUAAGACAGAAUCUCACUGAGUGUGGAGCCGGGCAGCAGGCAGCAGCAGUCUCUACUCCCCCCUAGUGCUGAGUAUAGAGACACUCUAGAAGUUGGGUCUGGUUCUUCCUCCCAGCAUCGUGUUCCCAGAAAUAAGACUCAGACUCAAAAUAUAUUUACAGAUGCCUUAGCCAUAUGCUGAGCUCUUCUCUGACUAGACCAUAACUAAGGAUAGCCCGUUUAUUUCUGCCUACAUUCUGCCAUGUGGGUGGCACCUGUCAGAGGUACCAUGCCCAUGUCUAGUGGCAUCUUCCUGCCUCUGGCUCUAUCCCAGAGUCCUUUCUGCCUCCUAGAUGUCCCACCUUGCAUUUCCUGCCUAAGUCAUAGGCCAUGGGCUUUUUAAUUGAUCGGUACAACACAGAAGGUUUUUUUCUCUAGCGAUAACUCAGUCGUUCCCAGCUUGAGUCCUCAUGAUUGCACAGCACUUAGCCACCUCCUCAGGCCUAAACCAGUCUUAAAUUGAUUGUUUAUUUUAUGUUGCUCUCUCAUGUGUUCUCACAAUCCUGAGUAUCUGUUCUUUUGACUUUGAAGUAUUUUCAAAAUAUUUUUUAGAAUAGCAAAUGUUAGGGUUGAUUUUGUUUUCUUUUUUCUAUUCAGAAGGUAGGUCUAAGUAUAUUGUAAUCAUGGGUCAGCCUAUCUUUCCAAGUUGACUUAUUUCUUUUGAGAAUUUCAUACACGUAUACACUAAGAGAAUCAUGCAUACCCACUGUUUCUCCCUCCAGCCCUUCCUAUUUCUCCCCAACACCCCCCUCUUAACUUUGUCUUUAAAAAUAACCUGCUAGUCUAGUUAGUGUUGCUCAUACAUGCAUGAGUAUGGGGCCAUCUACUGGAGGAUGGGUGACCUACCAGUAGUGACAUCUUCACAAGUCAUUCUCCACCCCCACCCCCAUUCCCAGCAGCUCUUCACUGCCAGUAGCUUCUCAGUGAGGGAUCUGCUAGGAUUUGGACUUACUUAAUCUUACAAUGUAGGUCUUGUGCAUGCAGUCACAUUUGCUAUGAGUUCAUGAUUAUAGUAACCAUGUCAAAAGAAAAAA